AUGGCCGAGUUCAGUGGUGGAGUGGAUGAGACGACAGCCAGAGCCAAGAGUGGAAAAACACUGGCUGAAUACGCAGCUGAUGGCUUUUUCUUUUAUACAGACAGGGUGUCUACUUUAUCCGCCGAAUGCAAAUACAUGCACGACAGACUGAGCAAGAUAAACAUUCUCACUGUUCCCUACUUCAUCCAUGCCCUGCAUUUCACCCUAGUUUCAAGGCAAGGCACGCACCAACAGGCGCAAGAAACGACAAGACAGCUAACCGGGUUAGAGAGACAAAAAGCAAUUGAGCCAACCAUCAAAGCACGAAAACGAAAUGAUCUCACUGAAGCCGCCCAGAAGCAAAUCCAUCUAUAUACACAAGCUGAAUGCUUAAAAAUAGAAGCAUAA